UCUUGGAGUCUGAAGGAUAUGAUCUCAGUCUGUCAAAAGACAGGUAUUUUGAACUAAUAAUGGCUGUGUUCUUGAUCUGUUGGUAGGUUCAGACGCACUUCCUCGUUAGUAGUUUGACUAUUAGUUGGUCGAUCGCCGAGGUAAUUCUUCUGCUUGGAGGUUGAGUUCUGCUGGUUCAUUAUUUUUACAUGUCAUUGUUGGUCAAUCUUUAUGCCUCUACUUGUUCCUUUACCAAAUGGACACUCAUUCCGGAAUUUACUGGUUUUGGCAUUGCAAAUCCAGCACUCUCAUGAAGCCUAUUUUUCUCUCAUUGUUCACUGAGGUUCUCUGUGCUUUAAGUGUUAUCUCAUUCAUCUCUUAAUCUGUAUGGUUGUUUGAAAACAAUCCUAAGCUCGAACGUAGAGGAGACCAUCAAGGAUCAUGUUGUACUGUUAGGAUAUUAUGAUCUGUUUAUGCAUCUGGUCGCAUACAUUCUCCCUUGCAUCAUGCUUCUUGAUUUCUCUGUCUAUAAGGUCCUUCUAUCCAUCAUCCGAGGUUCAUUUUCUCGCCAUUGCAGAUUAUUCGAUAUUCAUUCUUCGGCAUGAAGGAAGCCUUUGGUGCAACACCUUCAUUUCUUUUGUGGCUCAGGUACAGCACUUUUUUGGUGAUGUAUCCCAUUGGUAUCAGCAGUGAAGUUGGUCUCAUUUAUCUUGCCUUGCCUCACAUAAAGGUGUCUGAAAAAUUCUGCAUAAGGAUGCCCAACAAAUGGAACUUCUCCUUCGACAACUUCUACAUCGCUUUCAUUGCUCUUGGAAUCUACGUCCCAGGUUCUCCCCACAUGUACAGGUACAUGCUUAGCCAAAGGAAGAAGGCUCUCUCGAAAUCAAAGAGGGAAUAGAAUAUGGCUUCCAGAAGAUUGAAGCGUGGUUCAUUCAUAUUAUUGGGGCUAAAGUAGCUUUUGGUUGAUUGGCCUUAUUCGGUUCAGAGUUGAUGUAAUAGUGUCUAGUGUAAGCAUGUAUGAUUGAACACUUGAAAAACUUAAUUAAUAGUGGUUGCACCU